UCCUUCCCCCAGGUUUAAACGCUCGAGGCACUUUAAACCUUCACUUCCGCCGCCGUGUCCUCUUUUACCCACUUUCGGCUGAACGCGUAAAACUGAAAAUCAACUCAAAAAUGAUAUUUUCUUUACAAUGAUAUUCUUGGCUCCGAUUCCAGACGCCUCCGAGAGAAUUGAUUCUUGUAUAACGGAAACUUUUUUUUGAUAGUUCCUUGGACGCGCCCACCCCUCGUUUCGCGUAGUUCGCUUCCUUGGCCAAUCGCCUCCCUCUCCAAACAUUUCUCUAUCCAGUCUUUAAGUGCGCUCAAAGUUUCCGACAAGUUACAGGCGCCGCCACGGCCCAAAGCCAGGGUGUGAGCACUUUGCCUAAUUCUUCUUAGGUGAGCACCCGGGCUGAAGGCUGCGUAUAAAUUCAAAUAGUUAAAAGUACUUGUCUCGUGCGUCUGGAAGCAAUGUUCGAAGAAACGAACCAGGACGAAUCCAGCUCUCCUCUUUCUCCCGACGACAGCCUAACCAACAGCGAGGAAGAGCCAGAGAGACGGCCGAAGCGAAGGGGGAGGAAAAGGAGAAGAGGCAGGAAAAACGGGGAGGAUUCAGAUAGCCCGACCCCUGGGAAAAGGGCGAAGAAAUCUAGCGGCAGCAGCCCACAGUCUUUCGAAGACAUUCACGCGCAGAGAGUCAUGGCGAACGUGCGCGAGCGACAGAGGACGCAGUCGCUGAACGAAGCCUUCGCAUCCUUGCGGGAAAUAAUCCCCACUUUGCCGUCGGACAAACUGAGUAAAAUCCAGACGUUAAAACUCGCCGCCAGGUACAUAGACUUCCUCUGCCAGGUUUUGCAGAGUGACGAGCUGGACUCCAAAGCGGCCGGCUGCAACUACGCGGCUCACGAGAGGUUAAGCUACGCCUUCUCGGUGUGGAGGAUGGAGGGCGCGUGGUCCAUGUCAACAUCUCACUAGCGUUCGUAGAGCCUUAGGGGGCAACAUGGUGGCAAUCGAUUUCACUUACCUAUUCUGGGAGGCGUUUCCUGAGGCCGACGCUGGAUUGUACAAACUGUGUUUUUUUUUUCUUUUUAGGGGUGGGUGGUGGGGAGAACAAAGAAAUAUUUUAACCAAAGAGGGACGGGGGAAUGGGAGCACUUACGGAAAAAGUUCCGACACGGCAUUUGAGCGCGCGGGCCUCGCUGUACCGCGACACCCUGCGCUUCCAGACCUGGUACCAAAUAGUUUCUUGAAUGUGGCAAACACGCAUGUCUAUACGCCUGGAUGACCUUUGACCCACAACGGCCAAUUUUCUUAUGAAGAAAGUGAAGAAACACCAUUUCCGUUCUCGGCUGUGAACGAAGAUUUAUUUUUUAUUAUAAGACUUCAUUUUUUAUCUUUCUUGGCUCAUACCUGUGCAAACAUUUAUAUAAAUGUUUUCAUUUUUCUGGGAAAUCCAUUCUAUUUAUUUAUUGAUGUUAGGGGACUACGCGUUAUGAUGCAGAGCAGAUCCGGUGUCUUGAUGCAUUCCUAAUUUUAAUCAUUGUUUUGUAAAUAACUGUAUAUGUUUCUCAAAUAAAAUAAAUAUUGCAUUUUAA